GAGAGUUGGUGAUCCGCCUAAACGACGUGCGAUCACGUGCGCAACGAAAACAACAUAAAAUAGAAAGUAUAUAACUAGAAAAAGAGAAAAUGGCCACCACCGCCGCCGGCGCCGAGGGGUACGAUCGCAACGUCCUAGACUUCGCCACGUACGAGGACUACUUAGAUCAGCAAGUCACCGGCGAGGACCUCUUCUUCCUCGAGGACCAAGACACCGCGCGCAAGAUUGUCGAGCUCGGCUACAAAGGCAAAGACGUCCUCAGCCGUGAGGAGUUCGAGGCGGCGCAGCAGCUGGCCCGCACGGGUCCGAUGAAGCGCCGCGAAAGUGCGGAAGUGAUAUGCAGCGCCGGCAAAGAUGUAAGCGACAGUCCGCUGCUGGCUGCUCUGGCGAAGCGCGAGGAGCUUGUCCGCACCGGCAAGCUCGCGACGGUUAUCUUUAUUCGCGACUACGUGGGCGGGCAGGAGGUGUCGUCGUACGUUGACUUUGGCCACCGUCUGCGCAGCGAGAACUUCGAAGCCUACUUCAACAAGGAGAAGAAGCUACUGCCGAAGCGGAGUGACCUGAGCUACUACAACUGGAAGACGCACACGCUCUUCUACAACAACAGCCCCACCUUUCAGGUGCUUGCCGAUAGUGAGCUCGGCCUCGUCAUGAAACACAAGCGGGACCGUAAGGCGAUUCACGUCGACCCGAACGCCGCGUCGCCGGGUGACAACUGCAGUCGCACCGUAGUUCCCUGCAAAGAUUACUUACAGGUUGUGUUAUACGAUCACGUAACGCGGCGCAAGAACUAA